AGAAUACUCUAAAAUCAGGGUAGACUACACUGGUUAGGCGUCUAUCUCUUAAGCAGGGAAAUAAACGUUCAUAAGGACAAAGAAACUGGAUAAUUUCUGUGAUGUCACUUGAGCAUAAGACAAGUUUGUUAUUAAUCGUAUUAAUGUGGCAACGCCUUAACAGCUCAGAAUAUAGUUGACUUGACUAUAUUAUUAUUUAAAACGGAGAGUACAUGUUGAUAACCACACAAGUGUAAAUAUGCAUUAUUGUACGAUUGAUAGCCAGUGGCUUUCCACCUGUCGUCCUCGCGGCAAUUAAUGCCAAACACGUAAGAACAGGACAGCGUCAAUAAACAGCACAACAACAAAACAAUAUUAAUAGAAUGUACAAUACAAUCAAAAAACAAACAAAAAAACAUUAAACAACAAGCCAAGUUGUUAAUGACAGGCCAACAAUUAAGUGACCAUAGAAUGUUGCGCUAAUGUUGUGCAAAGUUCUCAUUCACAAUUGUCUAAAGUGCUGGUGUAAAUUGCACAUUGCCAACUGCUUCGAUUUACAUGACGUCACGCCCGGCUCGUUAAAUAUGCGUGGUGGUCAAGCUAGCGUCCGUUCUCAAUGGGCAUUAGGUGCCAUUAAGUCUUCCUCGAAGAAAAAUGCUCUAAUGCCUGUAUUGUUUUUGGCUGUACGAACCGUGUAAAUCGCAAAAAGGAUCAACGUUACUUCAGAGUUCCUCCAGAGGUAAUCAAGAAAAGUGGCACACAGUCCAAGUAAGGGAGCAACUGAGUCGAAGAACGUACAAGUUUGCAGUGAUCACUUUGUUAAAGGUUUGUUUGAUGUAGUUUUAACGUUUAGUAUCCAUUUUCUACCGCUUGUCCCUUUCGGAGUCGCGGGAGGUGCUGGAGCCUAUCUCAGCUGCAUUUCCCAUUGAAAUAUUAUCUUGAUAUUAUUUGUAUUUGAAUUUUUAACAAACCGAAACCAGAAAGUCAGGGUCAAUACUUUGUCAGAAAAGGUUUUUCUAUGUCUCCUCUCGUUUAUUUUGUACACAAAUGUGUCAGAGUACAUAUGACAACAGGACAAAAAUCAAAUAUUGAUGAUUCAGUAAUUGUUAGUUACUUAAAUGGAUAUGCAGUCACGGGUUACAGCUGUUGCGUGUUGUAUCGUCGUAGAUUGCUUAUAUGGACGAGUCCUAGCAAGAAGCGAAGUUUAAUCAUGAAUUGCAACCUUUCCCAAGCAAAAAUGAUUUAGAUUUAGAUUUAUUGGUCCCCUUGGGGAAAUUCAUUGUCACUGCCGUACAUUUAAACACUAGACAUUACACAUCACACAAAAAAAAAUAAUAACAAAAAGACAUCAUACAUGACUAACACACAUUUACAGAAUUGUCAGUAAGGGCGCCUAUAGCUGCAGGGAUAAGGCUUUUCCUGAGGCGGGCCCUCCGGAAUUUGAUAGUUCUGUACCUGCGCCCUGAUGGUAGUGGGAUGAUGUAUUGGUGUAGUGGGUGAGUGAUAUCCUGGACUAUUGUUUUUGCCAGUCGGGUGAUGGACCUGUGGUUUAAGUCUGAAAUGUUGGGUGUGGGUAGGCCGAUGAUUGAUGCCUAUUUAUCCAGGAGAGUAUUAUGAUACCAAUUACCUUGACCCAGUCACACACAAACAAGUUGAAGGCAUCCAUGGUUUUCCGAGUUUUGAUCUGUUUUGUCGUGUAGAAUAAUGUCUGAAGCACACGAUAGUUUGAUAUGUUUGGGAACUGCACCAACGGAUAAUCCUCGAUUUUUUUCAUAAGAGUAAAGGGAUCUAAUCCAAUGCUUCUUGCAGGAAGCCUCUUGCGUACACUGAGAGUUUGCGAGCUUCUUGCUGCACAACAGCCAUCUUGGCUUGGUUGACCAACACUGGUUUUCACUUCCAAAAAAAAGUCACGUGACGGAACACAAGUAAUAGGUUGGUUGCUUAUGACGUCACGUCCGUUUUUCUUCUUUGCGGCUUAAUUCACUUGUCCACCGCUCAUUGAUUUCUUUGAUUGUCUCCAAAAUGGUAUCCUUGUCUUUACUCUUGAGGGGCACCUGAUCUUGUAUAGAUGGUCCAUUAAUUCACUUGAUGGUCAACCAGCGUGAGAGUAUCAUUAAAACAAGUGAGUGUAUAGUUUGUGCAGAAAAUGCCGUAUUGCUGUUAUGUUCUUGGGUGUUCUGAUCGUUCAAAUAGAGAGAUAGGAAAGAGCUUUCACAGAGUUCCAAAAUAAGUCGUUCAUAAAAGUAAUAAAGACAGGGCAAAAAAACGAAAGCACUUCCAAAUAAAUGUUUUUUAAAUGUAUCACUUUCAUCAUUUUGUGGAAUACAAUUGGACCAUGCUCGUGUCUGCAGUGAUCACUUUGUAAAAUUUUUGUUUGAACAUUUGAUUUGUUUUAGAAACUUCCUCUGAUGUAAUUUAGUUUAUUCUCUACUAUAUUAGUAGUAUUUGAUAGCAGAACUAAACGUAAAGAAAGGACAAGAGACGCAUUAGUUUGUGUUAUUAUGUCGUUGCUAUGCCUAAAUAUAACUACAAAAACCUGGUUGUGCAAAUAAACUAACACCAUGUUAAGUCCUAGUAAUACAUCUUGUGAUUGUCUUUCUUGAUUUUCAUAACAAUAGCUAAAAGCUUUGUUGUUGUUGUGCAGGAAAGCAAAAUGCUUUAUUCGACACGGAUGACCACAUUAUAGCAUCUUUGGUAAUAUUUGUUAGCAUCAAGAAAAUAUCCUUGAUAGUAUUUAUAAAUUUAAUAAAUAAAUAUCUCAUAGGCUCAACAGCAUAUACUGAAUCUUGAUAUCGCUAGCAAACAUUGCUGAGCAACAGGGACCUAUACAGCUAAAUAAGCACGGCACUCAUGUCAAUCAAAUACGUUACUUAGUGAUGCACAAAUAAAUCCAACAUUGUCUUUCACGGAUUAAUGGUUGAUUUGUGGACCCGUCAGAUAUAAAGACAUGAUGUGCCUCUAAUCCUCUCUUUAAAUUACUUUAAGUGUCGAAGGAAGUGAGGUCGAGGCAAGCAGUAAUGUCUUGUUGAUGAUGAAUGGUUAAAUCGUUCAAAAAUAUUUGUCUUAAGAGUGUAUUAAUCAACUUCAUUCGAUUAAAAAAAAAAAAAAAAAAAAAAUAUCAUGAUCACUUGUAUAUUUGCCUCUAAACCUUUCAAAAUACACCCAAAUUUGCAAUGUAAUGGGACUCUAGAAACAGGGUUUUUAAAAUUGUGAAAUUGUAUUGGCACUUCAUCUUUGAAUUGCCAAAAUCGUAAUGAAAUUAGAAACAUUACGAUUUUAUUGGCACUUCAUGGAUGAAAGCAAUAGCUAGUAUUAGUGACGUAAGAUUUGCUCUUCCUAGUGGAGGUUGUGGUCAUAAAAAGCAGGAGACAGCAGGUCGCGUGCAGUUAAGUGGAAAUUUAUUGUCCAAAUGUACAAAAGAAACAGAGUGCGGAAAGGUCACAGGAAAACUGUACAUCCAACAGUGCAAGCUGGAUUGGUGAGUGAACAGACAAAAUACAAUCCCAGGUGAAAAAAACUAUCAAAGUCCACAUCGCUCGCUGGCUCCACUUCUUGUUAGAAGAUAGGGGUCCAUCGUCCCUCAGAAUGAUGUGCUCUGUAGUGACUAUACAGGCCAAUAUGAGCUUUGAAAUUUCUGCCACAUAUGGGACAGAUCAGGCCAGGUGAUAAUAUAUAUUUUGGCAUGACUCUUCUAUCCAGUCUCCUCCUCCUUGUUUCAAGUAUCAUAGAUGUUCUUUUCUCCUCAUACUUUGUCACUCCUUCACCGACUGCAGCUGUCCAUGUUAUUCUGUCUUUUGCUAGGUCUUCCCAGUAUGUAGUAUCUAUUUCACAUUGUUUCAGUGUGUUUUUUUAAACGAUCCAUGUAACAUUUUCUCUGCCCACCAACAUUUCUGUUCCCUUCAUUCAGCUGACAGUACAUCUGAUUUGACAGUCUUUCGUCAUUCAUCCGUACAACAUGCCCCGUCCAUCGUAGUUGGUUUUUAACAAUUGUACUCUCUACUAGACUGGGAAGCAUGGUACACUGAUGUUUGUUCUCACAUCUUCCAUCCAUCCAUUUUCUAUCGCUUAUCCCUCCGCGGGGGGUGCUGGAGCCUAUCUCAGUUCUCAUAUCUUGCCACUUAAUAUUCAUCAUCUGGCAUAGGCAUCGCUGUUGAAACCUUUCAAGUGCUGUGAUAUGUCUUUGAAAUGCUGUCCAUGCCUCCAAACCAUAUAACAAAGUUCUUAUAACAAUUGCUCUGAACACUUAGAUUUUUGUAUGUAGUCUGAUAUCACAAUUUUGGAACACUCGAGUCUCAAGCUUUCCAAAGGCUGCAGCAGCUUACCUGAUUCUGUGAUUGACUUCUGCAUCAAUGUUAGCAUUUGAAGACAUACUACCAAGGACAAGAUCAUUUUAAGGCUUCAUCAGAGAUCGUACCAAUGCAGGGAACAUGAAGCUUAGAAAACGCUGGCUGUCACACAGAUGUGUGUGUUUAGCGGUGGGAUUUUUAGGUCUGCUACGUCUGGUCUCUCGGCCUGCGAAAGAAACACCCAAACCGCUGGACUUUCAUGUCAGCCCUGAGUAUAGAAAGCUGGUGCAUCAGCAUGCGCAUGAAGUUCUGGAGCGUAAAUGUCACCCUGGAAGCACCAGAAAGAGUUUUUUGGCUCAACUCCCAGCUUCCAGUCGCACGACUCAACCUUUCUUGUGGAAGGACAUGCCAACUCACAAAGACCUCUUCAUGUAUCCUCCUCCCUUUGGGUUCAGAGGUCUUCAGGGAAAAGUAUCUGCUUUGCUUCAGCAGCUUCCAGACCCCAAACCGGUACCGCCACUAAAAAAGACCCCUGAUGAAUGCCGGCGCUGUGUUGUCAUAGGAAAUGGAGGUAUUUUAAAAGGCCUGGAGCUGGGUACUCUCAUUGAUCGCUUUGACACCAUCAUACGGUUAAACAACGGCCCUCUUGGAAAGUUCAGUGUUGACGUUGGGAAUCGAACAAGCAUCAGAAUGAGUUAUCCAGAGAGUACGCCGCCUCACUGGCUUGACACUGACCCAGAAACUCUGUUUGUAGCUGUGGUAUAUAAGGGUGUUGAUAUCAGCUGGAUCUCUGCGAUGAUCAACAAGCUCCCUGUGCCUUUCUUGGAUUGGCUGUUUUUCUGGCAAAAUGUUCCUGAUGAAAUCCCCCUCGAACGCAACAGGAUCAGACUCUUAAAUCCACUUGUCAUCAAAGAGACUGCGUUGGAUCUACUACAUUUUUCUCCCCCUACAACACGUCUAUGGGGCUGGGACCAGAAUGUACCCACCCUUGGUGUCUCCGCGCUGGAUUUGGCUAGUUUGCUGUGUGACGAGGUAAGUUUGGCAGGCUUUGGCUACAACUUGGCCCAACAGGAGGCGCCACUGCACUACUAUGACCAAAUGUCCAUGAGUGCCAUGCUGUGGCAAAAGAUGCACAAUGUUAGUCGGGAGACACAAAUCCUCAAAAGCCUCAUCACAGAGGGAAUCAUCACUGACCUGACGGGAGGUAUUCACUGCUCCUUCUGCCCCCAAUAAGAUAGCAAUGUACACUUUCUCAUCACUGGGUUUUCAAAGGACAAAGUAUGACAAUGCAAUGUGGGAAUGUUCCAACAAGGUAAAGCUUUUACUGAAAUAUUUUGUGCUUUUUAUAAACAUAUGACCAAUAUUAAAGUCACCAAUUGUAUUUUUGGUAACAAAACACUAUGUAUAUGUAUGUAUACAGUUGCAAGAAAAAGUAUGUGAACCCUUUGGGAUUACUGGGAUUUCUGCAUGAAUUAAUAAUAAUAAUAAUAAUAACUGGGAUUUAUAUAGCGCUUUUCUAAGUACCCAAAGUCGCUUUACAUGUAGAACCCAUCAUUCGUUCACACCUGGUGGUGGUAAGCUACUUUCAUAGCCACAGCUGCCCUGGGGUAGACUGAUGGAAGCGUGGCUGCAAUUUGCGCCAACGGCCCCUCCGACCACCACCUGUCAUUCAUCAUUCAAUUCACCGGUGUGAGUGGCACCGGGGGCAAAGGGUGAAGUGUCCCGCCCAAGGUGAUAAAAUGUCUUCUGCUCUUCAUCAAAGUCACAACAAGAGACAGUCGUUUUCCACCCUGCACUGUGAAUGUUUACAUGUUGUGUUCAAUAAAAAGAUGAAAACCUAUAUUUUUUUGUGCGGUUUAGUCUAUUGUUGUGGCUUUGUUGAAGAUCAUAACACGUUUUAUGACCAAUUUAUGCAGAACUCCAAGUAAUCCCAAAGAGUUCACAUACUUUUUCUUGCAACUAUAUAUGUUGUAUUUAUACACAUGAAUACAUUCCUUCACUAAAUAUUAUCUUGGCUCCCUGUUGUCCAUUAGCAAUCAGAGCGAAAGACUCAUUUUUAUUUUUUAGAAAUAAUGAAUUAUGCAUGUAAGCGAAGACUGUUUUAUUUGUAAGAAAUAGUAGUUGAUCGCUCAGAAACUUUUAUAUUUACAAGAGUAACAAAACAGAACAAUAAUAAGAUUUUUGUAUGAUAUUUCAAAGUUAGACACAUUCUUAAGUUAAGAGCAUCGCUGUUUUUAAUACUCCUUAAAUGUUUGAAAAAAUGCACAAAUUUACUUGUUAACAAAAAUACUUUAUCAAUGAGAGGAACAUAACUGUUUUUUGUUUAAAUAUAAAGUUUUUUGUGAUUUUGCAAAAAAUUAAGCUGAAGUGAGACCAUCCUUUGGUCAAAUUCAUAUUUAAGAAAUGUAUGCUGUGACAUGCACUGAUGACGAUGUGUUGAAAAAGCCUUAACUACAAUUUGCACAUGUUUUUACACUGGUGGUUCUUGUCUAUGGAUGUUCUCAUUCAUAACUGGUGGUUCUUCUUGACCUAAAUAAAUAAAUUAAUCCAUGCAAGAUGGGAAUGAACUUGGUUUAUGUGUAAAAUGCUU